UUCAGUGAAUCUGUUUUCCAAAAAUAGACAAACCGCCCGAGUAGACUGUGCAGAGCCAACCCAAGCCUUUCCAGUGCUUGAAUUCGUACAAGGAGUGUUUUGCCAGAAACACUGUUUUUAAGUCUAUUAUAAAGUUGCGCUUUGGCCGUGCGACACACAAGCUUAAAAUGUCCUGGCAGUGUUUUCCGCAAAGGGAAUGACGGUAAUGGAUUCAGAAAAGGGUCGAGACUUUUUGAUGCCGAAAGUCUUGUUUUCUCUGUAAGAGAAAGUCACCAAUCAGAGCAUUGGAGUAUUAAAGAAAACUCAAACGGAAACUUUCUACCGAGGUGGGCUUCAUCCUCUCUCUACUGUUUAUAGAACGCUUUUAUAUUUUAGGGAAAAGAGUUUUCAUUUUUUGCCUCUUUUUCGCCUUCCUUUUCAACCGGACAUGACACUUUCCAAGGCAGUGUUCAUAACCGCCUUCAUCUUUCUUGUCACUGCCUGCGCGGGAGAGCUAGCCGCUAACGUCGCUUUGAAUGCUCGGGCUAUUAUUACCGUAACAUCCACCACAACUGGCCCGGCGACGACCGUUGCCGUUACAGCACAGCCAACCUCCACAAUCGCUAUGACGACGCAAACUCCUAAUUCCGCUCUCACCAUAACCACCUCGCCAUGGAUAUACCUUAUAGCCGCUACCAUCACCUGGAUAUUGCGAUGAUAUGUUAGAUAAGGUGGGGACGCAAAUACAUCAAUCUUUUGUCAUGCAUGACGAUGUCUAAAAAAAUUUUAGGCAGCAGACCAAUUUUAUGGGAAGUAAGAAUGAUA